UAGACAGAGCGAUCUCCCUGACAGCUCCUCGUCGGUCUUAAACGGAGGCGGAAUCAUUCCAGAUUCUGUCCAUCUCUCCAGCUCUACGGUAGCAUAGUGUCAGCAUCACCGAUCGGAGGAGAGGAGAGCACGGGGAUAACGAAAGUGCGUGACCUUCUUCUUGCGUUUCUCGCAAGGCUAUCUCGAUCAUCGGGCUCUCUCUCUCUUUCUCUUUCUGUUUUCCUGUUCUCUGACUGAUCCCGAUCGAUGUGCCCGACCAACGCCAAACUUCUUAUUCCGUUUCCUCUAUCCCGUCUGUAGCUUCUCGACGAGCACCGAACCGGCUCACCUUUCAUCGUACCCAUCCCAGCGGAAUCUUUUCACCCCGCGAUUCGAUCAAACACAUUGACACCUCCACUCCCAGACUCCCUCGAAGCGGAUCAGACAGACUCUACCUCCUCUCCUGACAGCCGACCCUCCACGUCUUCCUCUUCCGCGGUGUUUAAAGCCUCGCCUGGCUCUGUCGUCAUCGUCGCACUGUGCGUGACGAUCGCGGGAAGUUUGCUAUCCGACUGUUUGCACGAGCCGAGCAAGAGAUAGGCGCAGUUGCGAGGAAAAGAGGUAGAGGAAGCUGCGGUAGAAGAGGAAGAAGCGGUGGUCGAGGAGAAAGAGGAAGAGGACCUGUAACCGAGAAGCGGGGAAGGGGGAAGGCGGUGAUCGUCCGUGUGUAGGAGGAGUAGGAGGAUCCGGAGGGCGACUUUUCUUUUAUUUGAGCUUGACACUUCGCCGUGAGCGCACACACACCGGAAGCGUCGAGUGAGACAUCAAACCCUCCUCUCUCCUUCCGUCCGACGUGUCCGAAAGAUUGGUUAAUCCAUCUGAAUCCCGCUAUCGACGGAAAGAAGCGGAAGAAGAAGAAGAGGAAGAACGUGAGUGCGAAGGGUGAAAUAAGCACAGGAUGUCACAGGAUGAUCUUUGGACCCAUUUUGCUGAGAAGAGUGUCGCAAUCGUUGACCUCGGCACGGUGCAAAUCGGAUAAAAGGAUCGGUUGCGUCGAAGAUCGUCUCAAGGACGAACUAUGCUGAAGUACCAGCGCCGAAGAGAAUACCAAAGACGGGAAUAGAGCUGGUGCGACGAAGACUAUAGUGAUAGUGAUCUCGCUGUAUACCUCGACGAAAUUUGGAGAACACUAGAGCUCACUCGACGUCUCCUUCGUCCAGAACCCUGACAGUAUUCUUUCUCCCAAAGAUAAGUGUAAUUUCUCACUAACGAGAUCCAGCGAAGCUGCCGCGAAGAUUCUAUAUCGAACGUCGUUCUUCUCCCAUCUCGGCAGUUCCUCCCGAUAAACGCGACGCGGAGGCCGCUAAUGGGAACGCACGCGUAAGUGGUUCGUCAAAGGAUAGUGGAGCAUCAUUACCAGACAAACGAGUCACGAGAGAAGGAAGGUGAUUACACGUCGAGAACGUACCUCGUCAUCGAGCGGACGAGCCAGCGCAAUAAGCUGCUGCGAGAGCCGGGAGAUCGAGAGACGCCGCGUACGCACUCGAUGAAUCGUCCGAUAGCCGUGGAAUAUUAUUGUCCCGGGGUAGUUUUCGGAACGACCCCUCGAAGCAGUGAAACUGGGAGCUCUCGAAUCGUACGAAUCGUCAAAGGAGAAGCGCCGGUGCCCGGGGCGAGGUGGAGUCCUCGACGCGUGCCAGGCCGCUGAUCACAGGCGCCGCGGCGCGAGAAGAGCAGGAGAGAGGCUGUGGAGAAUACGGGGAAAGAAGGAGAAAGACGAACACUAAGAGCAAGAGCGAGAAAGAGCGAGAACGCGGAAGAAGGACGGAGAUAAAGAACGGGAGCAGCUUCAGCACCGUCUCGUACGAGGGGUCCUUCCGUUCGGGUGCUAGGGGUGCGCAACCCUGGACGAAGGGUCGCGCUCAACUCUUUUAAAGUGGGCAAACCGCGCAAAGAAGUAGAGACGUCCCCGGGGCGAUGACAGGAUGCCUUCGUUUUGUGCAGGACGUGCAUACGAAGGACCGCCGUCCAGGACCACCAUCAGAAUCGGCCCGACCAUCGUCCUGCUGCUGAUCCUCUUCGAGCAUCGUCGCGCAACCUCUCUAAUGAGCAAUUCCGUGGACGAUUGGGUGAGUGGCAGCGCCGUUGUCUGCAACGGCAUUCCGGGAUUGACGAAGGAGCAACGCGAGCUGUGCCACAGAAAUCCCGAUGUCACCGUGGCCGCGAUCAAGGGUCUGCGAAUGGCCAUAUCCGAGUGCCAAUAUCAAUUCAUGUGGAACAGAUGGAACUGUUCGUCCCUCACGCCCAGCAGCAGAACUCAAGACAGAACUCAGAGCAGCGUUCUUCUCCAACGAGGUUACAGAGAGACGGCGUUUGCAUACGCGAUUUCGGCAGCCGGCGUGGCCCACAGCGUUGCUCGCUCUUGCAGCAUGGGCCGCUUGCUCUCCUGCGGUUGCGAUCCUUCAAACUACAAAGGUAAAACACCAGCGAAGGCCAGAGGCGUCCAAUGGAAGUGGGGUGGCUGCUCGCACAAUCUCGACUAUGGCAUGGAGUUCUCGAGACAGUUCCUAGACACGCGGGAGAAAGCUGGCGACAUACAGUCUACGGUGAACCUACACAACAAUCAAGCCGGUCGUUUGGCGGUGGCGAGCAACAUGCAGGUGCGCUGCAAGUGUCACGGCAUGUCCGGCUCAUGCGAGCUGAAGACCUGCUGGAAGGUCGCUCCGGACUUCCGGAUAGUCGGCAAGACGCUGAAGGAUCGUUUCAGGAGUGCCGUGUUGGUGACGCAGAGCAAUCUGGGCAGCGUGACACCAUCAAGCAGGAUCCGGGGAUUCCGUCGUCGUGGGACUAAGCGACUUGAUCGGCAGAAGCAGAAGAAACACCGUGGAGGCGUUCCCGGCCGCCGAAAGAAACCCCGAGACCUUGCCAAGCAACUCUUCUACUAUCAGAAAUCGCCCAAUUUCUGCGAGCGGGAUCCUGCGAUCGACAUCGCCGGCACCACCGGUCGCAGGUGCAACAAGACCAGUACCGGGGGUGACGGAUGUGGCAGUCUGUGCUGCGGCAGGGGUUACAACGUGGUGCGACAACGGCGAACGGAACGGUGCAGAUGCAAGUUUCACUGGUGCUGCUUCGUGCGAUGUCAGAACUGCACGGUGGAGGAGUGGAUCACAGUUUGCAAGUGAAACCGAAACCGAGGAGGAAGAGGAAAAUGGUGUGGAGAAAAGUAGAAAGACGGAAGUUUAAGACUGACUGGGAACUGCCGGUGCGGGCUCUUCUCUCCUUUUUUUUCUCUCUCUCUCUUUCAUUCCGCGAUCGAGUGGUAGCUCGAGGGGUUGACGACGGCAUCUCGCGCGGUUCGGAUGAUAAGAGAAGAGAUUAGCUCCGGGGCGACGCCAGAGAUGCACGCGGCGAGGCUGUUCGUUCAUUCGGGGCUCGAUUAAGAGAGGGACGUAAGUCGAUAGGAUUAAUGAAAUACGGUUCUCUUAUUGCAAUCGGGAUUACGAGGCGCAAAUUUCUCCUCUGCGAUCACGACGGAGUGGAUCUCUUUCUCUCUUCCUCACUGCUGGCUUCAAAUCUCUACGAGCGUACUUUACGAACGUAAUAAUCUUCGUUAGUCGAAAUUAAAUCCGAUUUUCACAAGAGGCGGCGAGAGAGCCUUUGAAUGCGAUAACGAUUCAAUUUUCUUACUCAUCGACGCGUCAUUGAAAACGGUUUUCAUCACGAAGCAGCGUAGUGACUGCGAUAUUUGAUUUAUAUUAAUACCCAUUGUGAAAAUAAGACAGGAAAUUUCUAUGUUAUCAAAAGAUAUCCAAACUGACAUCAAGAUAUCAGAUUUCACAUUUCUUUGCGUAGCAGGAAACUACGCGAGAAUCAGGCUUUGAAUUGUAAAUCUUAAUUUAUUUACGUACAUUGUAAAUCUUAAUUGUAAAUUUAACGCCCAUUACGGAAACUUUACUUCAAUUCAUCAGUUCUCUACGAACAGAUUGGACAUAUCAAAAAGAUACGAAUCACGUAUAUAUUACGGAGAUCCAUGUGAAUCACGUUAAGAGAGGAUUUGCGAAAUUACUUUGUAACGGCGUAAUAUAAAAUGAUCCAUAGGCUCUAAGCAAACUUAUUAUUAUUAUAAUUUAUUUAUAUAACAUAACGCUCUAUUUAAUUCAUAUUUAAUUUUAACUUUUAUGUGAAUUGUAACACCUCCAGUACAGUAUUACUAGACAAAACGCGUGUUUCAUUCGACAAACAUGAUUGUAUACAACUUAAUAAUACGCGUACAAUAAAGAGAGUUCCUUUAAACG